CACCCCGGGGUUGUCAUGGCGACGGGAUGCGGAGGGGAGGGGGGAGGAGGAGGAGGCGGCGGCGACGUCCAAGGGAGGAAGGAGGAAGGCUGCUGCAGUUUCAGUCUCCAGUCUGGGAGUUGGAUACUUGAGCCACUAGUGCUGACAAGGGCUCCCCCACCCCCUGCAUCCAUGGCAUUUGCUCCUCCCAGGAACACGGGUGGCUCCAAGCUGCAGAUCAAGAUGAGCACGUGGACCCCUCUGAACCAUCAGCUCAUGAACGACAAGGUAUUUGAAGAAAGAAGAGCCCUCCUUGGAAAAUGGUUUGACAAGUGGACAGAUGGGCAGAGGAGGAGGAUCCUGGUGGACCUGCUGGAACGCUGCUCCCUGGCACAGCAGAAAUUCUGCUCCAGGCAGCUCCAGGACCGAAUUCCCACCGAGGCCGUGGAUUUCACCACGAGGCUUCCUCGAGUCCUGUCCUUGUACAUCUUCUCCUUCCUGGACCCACGGAGCCUCUGUCGCUGUGCACAGGUGAGCUGGUACUGGAAGUACCUGUCUGAGCUGGAUCAGCUCUGGAUGCUGAAGUGUCUCCGUUUUGGCUGGUACAUCAACUUCUGCCCAACGCCCUUCGAGCAGGGAAUCUGGAAGAGACAUUACAUUGAGAUGGUGAGAGAGCUGUGGAUCACCAGGCCAGAGCCUCUUCCCAAGGAGGAGUUCACCGUUAUCGACGUGCAACCCAUCGGAAGCGACGCCCCGGAGGCAAAACUUCCCGUGCAGGGAAGGAGGAGACCCAAGGAGAAGAAGGAGCUCCCCCCUUGGCGCUCGUCCGACAGACACCCCACGGACACCGUCCGCUACAACUACCUGGACAACUGGGACCCCAUCGAGCAGGCGAGGCAGGCGAGAAGGAAGGGAGGAGGGAAGACCCCAGACCUGAGCCGACAGGCAGCCGAGAGGAAAAGGAGAGCGGGACGUGGAUCCAACCAGCUCCAGAAGGAGAAAUCCCUGAUAUGGCUCCCUGCAGAUCCUGAGUGUCUCCCAAAGCCGCCGGCUCGUCCCAGCUGGGCCACCCAUCGCUCCGCUGGGAACCUGCCCCCCGAGGCAGCGGCAAAGGCCCUGGCCCAGAGCUCCCAGUGGAACGCCGGGAUACGACCGGCACCUGUCCGAGCUCCAGGACCAAAGCCACGUGGGAGAGGGACUGAAGAUGUCACCAGGACGGAGAGCAGAGCUCCGUCAUCUCCAGUGUUUGAGGCUCAGCCCUGGAACAUUCCUGCAUCCAGCCAAGGAUCCGACUCGGAAUGAGGGAGGAUCCAGAGUGUCCUUCACCCAAGCUGGACAGAAACUUCUCUGCCUGGCAGUGGGAAAACAAAAUGUUGCUGCUGGUCUUCGGGAUCUCG